AUGGGCGACCCAAUUGAAAGACAUUGCAGAAAAAAAAUUUUAAAUGGGAAAUGUUAUAAUUUAAGUAAUACAAAAAGACAUAUUCGAAAAAACUUUCAAAAAAAUGUUUCAAUUAGUGCAACUAAAAUAACAAUACAGAGUUAUAGAAGAACUUUACAAGAGAAAUCAAUUUUAUCUGGUGAUACGUUUUUUUUACAAGAGAAUUGCUCUAUUCAUAUGACCCAAUUAUUGACCGGUUUUUACGAAAAAAUGAACAUUAGGGUGAUAUUUGUUCCACUCUGUGCACCAGUUCUUAAUAUUAUGGAGAAUAUAUGGUCAAUGGUAAAACGACGUAUAAACUUUAUUUCUAUCAGGUAUCCACGUCAUAAUUUCAAUCUAUUAAUUGGUAGAAUUUUGAAAAAUAUUAAACAAGAUAUAUUUGAUAAUCUUUAUCAAUCAAUCCCAAGAAAAAUACAACAAACAAAUAAGAAUUAA